AUGAUCUAUAAGUUGGACGUGAUUGAUGGAGUGAUGGAUCAAGCAAAGCUUUGGCGCCUUCCUUCUAUUACGGAAGUGUACGGGGGAAACGCGGUUAUGCCACGUACUAACGUCAACUCAAUAUUUGCUGAGACGUCCCUCCUAAACGUCCCAAUAGACAACGGAGUCGGAGCCCUCUCCAUAGGCGUCCGCGCAAAAUCAGGCGGUCGCUCACCCCCCAUACAAGCGAAUUCGCGUUUUCCGACAAAUGUAACGGCAACCUUGAAAAAGAUGCAGCAUGCCUACCGGGCAUACCGUCGCGCCGAUGGAGUCAUGCCUCUACUGAUUCAUUGCGGAUAUGAGGUGCAAUUUGCUUUGAAAGGCAUGCUUUCCGAGGCGUUGCAAGAUGCUCGUGCGCGAAGGCUCCUUCCGCUGUCGCUAUCCGUCGCCCGGGUGGCUAGUGACAUCGAUGAAAUCGAGGACGGGUUUGCAUCGCUGGUGCUUGACGAUGGGUCUACUACAAUCCCAAACAGUUUACCGGCCGGGAGCGCCGACAAUGUAGAUAUUCCGCUCAGAUUCGUUAUCCAAGCUGCGUUAGCAAUUAUUCUAUACCUCCUCGUCGACCUUCAGAGAAAGGCAUCUCGAUUCUCAAUGAUCGCUGCGUGCCUUAAGACCGAAUCUGCGCAUCCCGCUCGGCUUGUCUAG